UACUCCUCCCUUCCUCUCUUUCCUGAUACAACACGCCGUAUUCGGCGCACUUUAGCACACACUCCCCAGAAAAAGAAAAAAUUAUACCGAGGCGAUGAUCAGCGGUUCAGUUUCCCAGGCGAACAGGAAUGGUGCCACUCUCGUUUGUGGGCUGCUUCGCUUUGGUGGCUUUUCUCAGCAUGGCACGGUGUCUCUCUGGAUUCUCUUGCUCUUGCUGCCUUUCGCCGGAGCUCAGUCCGACACGUCCAACGAUCCGUACCAGCAGCAGCGGUUCAGUUCAUCCAUGGCAAUUAUUAUCGUAAUCCUUGUAGCUGCGCUCUUCUUGAUGGGAUUCUUCUCCGUAUACAUCCGUCACUGCUCCGACUCGCGUAACGGCGGCAGUAUUCGCGCGGCCGCCGGAGCCGCUCUUGGUCGGUCGCGACGCGGUACGCGUGGUCUGGAUCAGGCGGUGCUCGAAACAUUUCCCACGUUUGAGUAUUCUGUCGUGAAAGGGCUCAAGAUCGGGAAAGGCGUGCUGGAGUGCGCCGUGUGCCUGAAUGAGUUUGAGGAUAAUGAAACUCUGCGUUUGAUUCCGAAGUGCGAUCACGUGUUCCAUCCGGAGUGCAUCGAUGCUUGGCUGGCUUCGCACGUUACGUGCCCGGUAUGCCGCGCGAACCUGACUGAGCCGGCGGUGCCCACCGACUAUUCCGCUGCUGUGGAAGCGGCGGAAUCAGCCGGUGAAUCCGAUCAUGACGGUGAGGAUAGGAGAUCGGAGAUCAACGCUGUACGCGAGGUCUCGAUUCGAGUGGCGGAUGAUGAAACUGAUGUCCAACAAGCGCCUGAUGUGAUAAACCCAAACCAAUCGCUGCACCAGAACCGACCUCCGAGAUCGAAAUCGACGCGGCCUCGAAAGUUUCCUCGGUCGCACUCUACCGGUCACUCGCUCAUCCAACCAGGCGAGAACUGCGAGCGGUUCACUCUGAAGCUGCCGGAGGACGUGCGCAAACAGAUAAUGAAGCGAGCUCUAAACCGCACGACGAGUCUCUUGGUGUUGCCAAGGGAAGGGAGCUCGCGGCAGGGAUACCGAACCGCCGGCGAAGGAAGCAGCCGAGGAAAAAACUUCCGCCGUUUUGACCGUUUGGAGCGGUCGGGGAAGUCGGAUCGGUGGACUUUCUCCAUAACUCCGCCGUUCUUCUCCAGAGCAUCGUCGUUAAAAUCGCCGAAGGUGGCUGCCGACGGCGAGGCAACAUCCUCAACUUCACCGCGCAAGCCUACAUUGACUCCCAAGGCGUCUUUUGGUGCCAAACGCGAUCCCGCCGGAACGCCACCGGUCGGCUCCCCUCGACAACCGGUCGGCUCCCCGCGACCACCGGUUUAAGUUUUAGCGGUCCCACGUAUUUUUAAUUUUAUUUUAUUUUUCCUCAUUUUCAUUAAAACUUUAUUAUAAAUCAUCUCAAUUUUUUUAAUUUUUUUUUAAAAAGAGACCAAGUCUGGAGUUUCAUAUCAUGUCGAUAUAUUGGGCCCACCACCGCCAGAGAAUAUCACCCGUUUGACUGGGCCGGAGCCCAUGGGAACCCUUCUGAAGCCCAUUCUUUCGUCUCUGUUUGUUGUAAAUAACCGUGUUGUUGAUGAGGAUAUGAAAUUUAAAAUUUCCAUUUUGUGCUAAA